ACAACCAAUGGUAGUAGCUGUGGUUAUUUUAUCGUCUGAUGUCAUCAUGUUUCGAUCGAUGCUGUUGUUGUUGUUAAUUUUAAUGUUUACAGUGGCUAAAUGUCACGAAACUGGUAAUAAUAAAAAAUUGGCCAACGACGGUAGUAAUGAUCCAAACAACAACAUUCUGGACAAUGUAUUCGAUUGGGUGUUUGGUGAACCGGAUGAUGAUCAUGAAUUACAACAUCAUUUUGGCUAUCUACGUGGCUCAAACGAUGAUAAAGAUGAUCUAUCAAAAUUGGCUAGUACGCUUGGAAUAAAACCAGAAUUUUUCAAUUUCAAAGCACACGAUUAUGAUAAUAACGACCGAAUCGAUGGACUUGAAUUGUUGGCCAUGUUUAUCAAUGAACGAAGCACUGGCCAUGAAUCGAAUAAAAACAACGAACAAUGGAUGAAUUUGUGUGCAAAGGCAAUUGAUCGACUUCUUGAACAAGAAGAUCGUAACAGAGAUGGAUAUCUGGAUUUCAGUGAAUACGCACAGGCUAGACAACGGAUUGCCCAGAUCUAAAACAAACAAAUGGAUUAUUGGCUUUUGAUUUGAUUGAUUUGUUAACAUGUAACAUCUUUGUAAACAAAUUAGUAUGAUGAUUAUGAUAAUGAUGAUGGUGCUUUAAAAUAAUAUAUAAAGCUCAGAUUUCUUUGA